GCGAUAGAAAGAAACGUAACCCUAACUAAAGGUAGGUGGUCUAGCUAGCGAUGGAGGGGAAGAGAAGAAGAGGCGUAAACAUUCCACGUGAUAUAGUAGAAGAAAUUCUGGUGAAGGUACCUGUGAAGUCUCUGGUGAGAUUCAAAGUAGUGUCGAAAGAAUGGAGAAGAAGCAUAGAAUCAACGUGUUUCAUAGAGAAACACAUAAGGUAUCAGAAAUCUCUAGGAGGAGCGACGAUUCUUUCAACAGGAAGAAGAAGACGAAAUUGUCUCGUUCUAGAAAAGCUGUUGAUCACGCCUUGCAGUGGAAGCAUACAGACUUGUCCAUAUCUACCCAUCAAACCUUUUCGACCUACUUAUGAUUUCAAAGUCUCAGAGCCUUGCGACGGUUUGUUUUGUAUCUAUACCAAAACCAAUGAUCUUAAGUUUAACCUUGUCAAUCCUGCUACUAAUAGCCGCCGCAUACUCCCAGAUCCCAUCUCUACCCUCGAUGCAGUUUAUGGGCAAUCGAUGUAUUCGUUGCUAGGGAUCGGAAGAGAGAAUGGUGUGAUUCCAAAGCAUAAGCUAUUAUGGUUUUUCCAGUGUAAUGACAAAUUGGUGAAUGAAUUUACUAGGUGCAAGGUUUUGUCUCUUGACUCUAAUAGUUGGAGAUACGUAGAUCCACCCAACUGUCGAAUUUACUGUGACCAACCUAUAAUUCACUUGGAUGGAGUGCUCUAUUGCUUCAGCUUCAACCGCGAAGAGAUGGGUUACGGCCAACCGUGCAUCUGUAAACUACUAGCUUUUGAUCUUCACACAGAGACGUUUCAUAGUUUUUCUACUCAGGAUUUGGAGUCUAGAGACUGCCGUGAAUUAAGCAUGUGUAUUCUUAAUCAUCGUCCAUGCAUCUUCAAGAAACGUCUUGGUAAUAACGACCUUCUCUUCAAAAUUUGGGGUCUAGACAUAAACAAGAGUUCAUGGGAAGUUAUGUAUUCAAUAGAAUUUUCGUGUUUUCCGCCAGAAUUCUACGAUAGGUUCAUCAUUCCGGUGGCAACAAUCAACGAUCAUGUUAUCUUCUCAAACUCUUGUCAUGACAUAUGGACAGCCAUGUUGAUCCUUCCUAUCUCUCAGAAUAUAUUCACUGCUCAUUCUCGAGUUCAGACAAGAAUCAGCCUCAGCAUACAAGAUCAUGGUCAUAUUAUGGCACAAUACACACAAAAAGAGCUGAUAACCCUAACUAAAGGUAGGUGGUCCAGCUAGCGAUGGAGGGGAAGAGAAGAAGAAGCGUAAACAUUCCACAUGACAUAGUAGAAGAGAUUCUGGUGGGUAUAGUGUGGUUCGUGGGCAAGGAGGAGCUAUCAUAUCAGUAUCCUUGACCAGAUCUGAGUCUGGAAUCUUAGAGAGCUACCAAACUUAGCAAGAGCUGUAUGUGUCCCCGAAAUAAAAUCACAAAAAUAGUCUUUUGUCAUACCUGAAGAAUAUACCAUACUGAAACAAGCAAGUACUGCGUAACGAGCUAAAUACGCCUCCUAUAAUCCAACUUGAAUCGAAAGAAG